AUGUGCGGCGCCCUCCGCGGCUGCGGCCGACAGCGCGCCGGCUUUGCCAUCAACGCCGCCGCCUAUUGGGGCUGCGGCAUCCCCCUCGCCGCCGCCAUGGCGCUGCGGUUCCGCAGGGGCGUCCCCGGCAUGUGGAUCGGCCUGGCCGCGGGGUCUGUGGUGCAGCUGCUCGCCCUGUCGCUGAUCACAGCUCUCCAGGAUUGGGAGGGGCAGGUGGAGAGAUCUCGGGAUCUGGUGCGGUCCCAGUCGAGCAUCAGGAGCACGCCCGACCUCGGGGAUGGCCCGGCGGGCGGCGGCGGCGGCGGCGGGUGGGGCUGGGGCGGAGGCAAGCGCGGCAGCCGCAGCGGCGGCGGCGGCGGCGGCGGGGGAGGAGGGGAGGAAGCCGAAGAGCCUCUGCUUGCUUGA